AGGACGAUGGGGUCGAGGUUCAAUCAUUUGCACAAAAUUUCCCUCGAAAAACCUAUGGCGCUGAAUUAUUUGGAGAAUCGCUUAAAGAUCUUGGCCUCGUUCCGAGCGCUAGUCUUGUAGCGCAAUGACUUCUCUCGGCUCUUGGAGGUAUGCUUCAACAACGAUUUUCCGUAGUAACAAAUAUUACAACCCAAAUCACUUGGAUUAGUUUCUAUUUUCUAGCAACAGCGACAAUCAAAUAAUUUGACCGUGGGAUACAUACUCGUAGAGUCGCAGUUGUAUAUAUCACGUGAUCAGGCGUCGGUGACAUAAGCAUAUCGGUCGCGUCAGUCGCGUCCCGCCAGAAGGCAGGAGCGGAGGAUGUUCAAAUACUCGUCCUCGGAUAUCUGAUGUUGGAAGACUUUAGUCUCACUAUACUUGAGAAUGCCUGCCGUUGGAGACCAACACCGCGGUACACCAAGCGUGUCUGGCACCAUCACUGCCAAUCCUUUUGAAGAAGGCCCACGGCGGAUGUCCGAAUAUACGGCUCAAGAAAUUGCGACACUUCAGGCUCGUCUUGAUAAGCAGCUCGGCCCCGAAUAUAUAUCAUCGCGAGCUGGCCCCUCCGGUCAGAAGGUGCAUUACCUUGCCGCAGAAAAAUGUAUCAACCUCGCGAACGAGGUCUUUGGAUUCAACGGCUGGUCUAGUUCUAUCCAAAGUAUUCAAAUCGACUUCGUUGACGAAAGCCCCAACACUGGUAAGAUUAGUCUUGGCCUUUCGGUUAUUAUUAGAGUUACCUUGAGAGAUGGCACAUAUCAUGAAGACGUCGGUUACGGACACAUAGAAAAUUGCAAAGGCAAAGCCGCCGCUUUUGAGAAAGCCAAGAAAGAAGGAACGACGGAUGGUCUCAAGCGAGCUUUGAGAACAUUUGGCAAUGUGCUGGGUAAUUGUGUUUAUGAUAAGGAAUACCUCGCCAAAGUCACUAGAGUCAAAGUGGCUCCAACUAAAUGGGAUGUUGAAAAUCUCCAUCGUCAUCCACAAUACGGCCCCGUCAAAAAAGAACCGACUCAUGAGAGGAAACUACUUGAAGAAGUAGACCUCCCCUCCUUGCCAACUACCAAAUGCAAUGCAUCACAUGAAACGUCUAUGACCGUUGAUGGAGACGGAGAAUUCGGCAGCGAUGUUUUUGACGAAGCUGACUUCGUAGCGACAAACGCCGGCAACCCUGACGAGGUUUCUUUGGAUGUGGAUACACUACAGCAGCUACAACCACAAUAUAACAACCCGCAGUUGCCACCAGCCCAGCAGAGGUCACAAGGAAACUUCGCAUAUCCAGCUCAUUUGGGUCCUAAUACAAUCGCUCCGUCUAAGCCAGAAAGGUCAUGGGUUGGCGGCGGCCCUACCCCUACUGGCCGCCCAGUACCACAUAAUCAUACGACUAAUAGCACUACAGCAAAUCCGCCUCGAAAUGCAGAGAAACGUCAAGUAAUUCAUGGACAGGCCCCGAUAAAGUCUCGCUCUAGUCAAGAAACUCAACCCACAAACACAGACAAAGUCAAAACAGAGAAUCCUUCCGGUUCAUUGGAUUUGCGGGCUCUCAACAGUAAUCAGAUGGCACCGUCGAAUAACGAACAGCCUGUUUUUGACAAGCCCGCAAUGGAAACAACAGUCGGGUUUUACUCUGCUCGAGCAGUUGACACAUUACGUGAAAACCCUCAAGCUUCGCCAAUGGCGCCGAAAUUCGAUCCUCACGCGGAAAGCCCAUCUAUCCGUAAGACAGCUGGUAUAGAUCAUACGAAGAGCGUUCCCAUUUCCAAGCCAAUGCUUUCUGGCACAUCAUCUCCAACAAGUGGUACUCGAGAUUUCAUUAACCCUUCUACGGAUAUUCAUCGCCGAAUUGGAGCCCCUGGCGGUAAUGCUAUCGCGAGUCCAGUCAACAGAGGUUUCACAACAUCCUCGUACCGUCCAUUGACCCGACCGAAUGUGGAUGCCAGGAAUACUGGAGGCAAUCCUCCAAUUACAACGCAAGAUGGGCCGCUGAAGAGACCUCCACUAGGCGAUGUGACUAAUGCACCGGUCUCAAGUACCACAAAUGGUGGUCCUGGCCCUGGGGAUCCUAAGAGACCCCGUCUCGAUGAAGGUGCUCACCAAGCUCCACCACAGCCACAGCAGCAAUAAUUCAUUGGUGUUUUGGAUUUUAGAAUAUGAUUUAUAUGGCAGAGAGGCAGGGUACAAGGCGUUUCAGGAGAUCGGAACCAUGGGCUGUUCCUGGGUUGAGUGGGAUUGAUUAUUCAUAUUAAGGAUCGUUUACAUCUGUCUUUAUGCAUUAUUGGUAAUUUGACUUAUCAGAUGUUCAUACUUCCUGAACUAGCAACAGGAGGAUCUGAUAUCAUAUAGUGAAUCUGGCUAGUGCCCCAAGAAGCAAACUUAUCGUCAAUCUUAU